CUUUCGAUAGCCUCACAUGAGACAAUCGCGGUCCGGGUAUUUGGCUUCUUAUGUGGAACAAAUAGACGAAAUUACGAUGACGUAAGCAAGCUCAUUUAUGCACUUUGAGGCCAAAAAAAAAAGAAAAUUUAAAAAGUUCCAAUAAACAUGCGUGAAAAAAAUCCAUUGAUAAGAAUCAUAUCAAAACACAAAAGUAAGAGGGUGAUUAUUAACAUUGAUACAGCACAAAAGUGUUGGUGUGGGGAAGCUUGAUUGGAAUCAAGAAAAAAAAUUGCAUUUGUGUGCUUUCAGUGAAUUUUCGUGACUUGUAUUGUUCAUGCUGGUAGACAAUAAAUGUUUAGUUUGUCCCCCCUUUGAGCCCCACACCGGAUAGUAAAAAAAAAUAAAGUUAAUGCAAAACCGAUGUAAUGGAUCAGAAAGAGAAGAAAGUAGACGGCAAAGGAGAAACAAACUGACAAAUUGAACUUCGUAUUACCUCACAUUCUCACGGCGGAGACAGAGAGGAAAGUACCUACGUAAUGUAGAUGCCAGAUAAGGGUUGGAAAAUUCAGGAAAAAAUGUGGAAACGUGGGAAAUUUUUAAGGUUUUUAAGAGUGGAGUUAAAGACUGAAAAUAAUUCAAAGAAAGAGUAAAAAUCUGUUAAGCUGUUAAUGGUUAAAUUCUUUUGGAAAACAGAAGAAAAACUGUACGGUUUUGGUAUCUGACAGAUAUAUGGGUUACUGGAACAUAACACAGCCAAUAGUUUGAUUACUGACUUUUUAGUUAAAUGAAUUAGACUUUAGGCUUUAAGUCUAUUCGUUGAUUUCAGAAAAUAAAAUUGCAAAAUAAUUACCUACUCAUACUGAAAACUAAACUGGUUACUGAAUAUUUAACUGCAAAAGCAAUGUUUAGAUUAUGCUUUCUUAUUCUUCAAGUUUUACUGACUAACAUAUUAAAGCUUAGUUUAAAAAUGUUAGUUUAGAGAAUUCAGAAGUUUUAUUAGUAAGAUUUGACUUGCAGUAUCUGAUAAGUCAGUUACAGUAACCGAGUCCUUAAACCAGUUAUUGAAAAAAUGUUCUUACAAUAAAAAUAAAAUAGAUUCUAAUUUAGUUUUGAUUAGAGAUUAAUUUUCAUUUACAAAAACGUUUAAAUGAGAAAAUUUUUACUGGAUUUUCCCACCUGGAUCCCAAUGAAAAGCAGAUAGGUUCAUUGCAGACUUCUGAUUUCUAUUCAAUCCUCAUACAGGAGUAAGCAACGCGUAUCCCAAUUGAAGUAUUUUCUUUGUAAACUUCUUCCCCAGGAAUAAGAAAUCCCUUCGUUGAAUUAUUUUCCUUGUAAUUUCUAGAGGCUCUUAAAAGAUUCCUCUGAAAUUUUCAAAGUUUUCCAUUGGAUUUUCUGUGAAAGUUUAUGUACCGCACUUUUGUCUCUCCUUGGGACGAUGAUUAGAGGGAAAAAUACGUGUAGAGUAUGCUGGUGUACUAUAUAGUAUGUUGUGCCUUUCGAUUAUUAUUAGGAAAAGCGAGAAUGUGAAUUUCAGUCGCGACGUGACAGUCACAACCACGAAGUCUCUGGCCCCGGGAAGUGAGCGAAAGCGCGCCAGACUCUCUGUUGAAAAUUGUGGUGGAAUUUAAUUUGAAGUUCAUCCACAAAAUUACGUUACAUCUCCACUAUAUAUUUUGAGAUUCUCCAAUAUAGGAUUAAGUGCAUAUAAGAUUAAGGCUGGAGUUUCCAGGAAUUUGUGUAUUUUUUAUGCAAAUUAAAUCCUGAACAGUGUCUCUCCCGUGGUUAAAGGUAUAAACGGGGGGAUUAAAGAAGAGAAGAGUUAGAGCCAAAAGAGCACGAGUGUGUAAAAAGUAUAUGUACAAAAGUGAGAAGAGCCAAAUUUACAACCAAUACGACUUUUUGCAAUUAGAAAAUGUUAAUCUAUUUUUAAAAGCAUCAAGAGACACUUUUGCCCUUUUCCUUCGUUUCAAAGUUAAAGUUCAGGUGUAAUUGAUUUUUUUUCUCUAUCUGUUCACGACGAUAAAGCUCCCUUUGAUAUAGAAGUUGUGGAUAAAUUAAGUGUCUCUGUGAGGAAAUAGAGUGGUUGUAUCCUUAAGGAUAAAAGAAGAGGAUAUUGAGUGAUUUUUUUUGAGUGAAGUUCAAAAGGAUAUUUCAGGAGUAAAGUAACAUACACAGAGAGUGGAUAAAAUGGAGGAGUACCUGGCGCUGCUUGAAUCAUUGAAAUUCAAUUUAAAUAGAGAAGAACUGGAGUCUCUCAUCUAUUGGCGUGACCCUAAGAAAUCUGGAGCCGUUUUCGGUGCCGGAUUGGCCAUUCUCUUGGCCAUGGUUUGCUUCUCGGUCAUCAGUGUCUUUGCCUAUCUGUCGCUGACCAUCCUUAUUGGUACCAUUGUCUUUACAAUCUACAAAAAUGUCUUGCAGGCUGUGCAGAAAACCUCAGACGGACAUCCUUUCAAGAGUUUGUUGGAGACCGAUCUGACUCUGCCACAGGAUAAGGUACAGCAGGCUGUUAAUGUGGGUGUAACGCAUGUAAAUUCGAUUAUUGUGGAGCUCCGUCGUCUCUUCCUCGUUGAAGAUCUCGUGGAUUCCAUUAAAUUCUCACUCCUGCUCUGGUGUCUCACCUACGUCGGCUCAUGGUUCAAUGGCAUGUCCAUCGUGAUCAUCUUGUUCGUGGCGCUGUUCACCCUGCCGAAAGUUUAUGAGAACAACAAGCAAUCGAUCGAUGCUUAUCUCGAUCUAGUCAGGAGUAAAGUGAUAGAAAUCACCGACAAGGCUAAAGCAGCUGUCCCAAUUGGCAAGAAAGCUGCUGAGAGUGAUAAAGAUAAGUAAAAUGGAAUGUAAUCAAUGCAAUUUUUAAAAAUCUCUCGCGAAUUGCUUUCUCAAGAAGUCACGGAUAAGAAGAAAAAAACAAAAACCAUAAUUACUCUAUCGUUUAUCUUUUUUAUUUCAUUUCAAACGGGAAGGAGAACUUGACAAAAAGAAAAAUUAAAAGAACUGUGAGGAAUAUUUUCCCGGAAAAUUUAUAGGAAAUUCAAUGCGAAAAGGGAUCGCUUAUAGUUAGGUCAACUCACGGCAAAAGACUGCAGGCAGUGCUAGAAAGCUGAAAAUUGGCAUAAAUGUUCCUUAGGGCAUAUAAAGGAAGGAAAAUGUGUGCGGUUUGGUUUCGUCCGCUAAAAAGCAUAUGGCGGCCAAUUUUCAAAAUGGCGUCCUUUUGAGCUAUAAUGUAAUCUAAAGUUUGUCGUAGGUGGCUGAAAUUUUAGUAUGUUAUAGCUGGCAUCAAGACCUUUCCAACGAUAGGUCAUUUGACUUCCUAGGUACCCUAGAACCUGAGAUAUUGCCAUUUUUAGGUUUUUCUUUAGAAGCUCAUAUCUCCGGUUCUACGUAACGUACAAAUAUGUUUGACCUAUCAUUGGAAAGGUCUUGCAAUACUCUACAACUCUCUAGAACAUUGCAAACCAAUUAAAAGAAUAUUUAUGGGUCAAAAAUACAAAAAACAAUGUGUAAUUUUUGACGCAAAAAUUUUCAUUAAAAAAAUAAUUUUAUCGGAAUAAAUUUUUUCUCAGUGUAUUGUCCAGAUUCAGACGUUUCCAAAACAUGGUCAUUAUAGGCUGUAGCUCAAAUAGAACCAGAGUUAUAGUGAUUUAAAAAACGUGAAAUAUUGAGUAAAAAUUCUUGUAAAUAUUUCAACAAAAGGCAGAAAUUUGUGUUUCAUACAUCACUGAAAUUUUUGUGAUUCAAAAAUGAAAACACAUUCAUGCUUUUUUUUUAUGAAAAUUGAUAUUAAUUAGUUAAUGUAAUGACUAAUUUUGGUAUGUGGUGUAAAUUAAACAUAAUUAUAAUGUAAAAUAAGUCUUAUUUUACCAAAAAAGUUAAUAAAAAAAAAAUUUGCAUCACUCAACGCCAUCUAUCAGUGAAUUAUGAAACACAAAUUUCUGCUUUUUGGUGAAAUAUUUACAAGAAUUUUUUCUCAAUAUUUCACGUUUUUUAAAUCACUAUAACUCUGGUUCUAUUUGAGCUACAGCGUAUAAUGACCAUGUUUUGGAAACGUCUGAAUCUGGACAAUACACUGGGAAAAAAAUUAUUCCGAUAAAAUUAUUUUUUUAAUGAAAAUUUUUACGUCAAAAAUUACACAUUGUUUUUUGUAUUUUUGACCCAUAAAUAUUCUUUUAAUUGGUUUGCAAUGUUCUAGAGAGUUGUAGAGUAUUGCAAGACCUUUCCAACGAUAGGUCAAACACCUUUGUACGUUACGUAGAACCGGAGAUAUGAGCUUCAAAAGAAAAACCUAAAAAUGGCAAUAUCUCAGGUUCUAGGGUACCUAGGAAGUCAAAUGACCUAUCGUUGGAAAGGUCUUGAUGCCAGCUAUAACAUACUAAAAUUUCAGCCACCUACGACAAACUUUAGAUUACAUUAUAGCUCAAAAGGACGCCAUUUUGAAAAUUGGCCGCCAUAUGCUUUUUAGCGGACGAAACCAAACCGCACUCAUUUUCCUUCCUUUAUAUGCCCUAAGGAACAUUUAUACCAAUUUUCAGCUUUCUAGCACUGCCUGCAGUCUUUUGCCGUGAGUUGACCUAACUAUUAGUGGAUUUACAGAUUUGCAUGAAAAAAGAAAAUGAAUUCAGAUGUAGGACAUACAAAUUUUUGAAAUAGUAGAUUUUAUGAAUGAAAUUAACGUGAAGUAUAUCAAGAUUCUUGAAAAAUUUUUGCUAAAUGAAAUAGUCACAUUUUCUGUUGGUCUAAAAAUGAGAGUUUUUUCAUUGUUAGGAAGAUAUAAAGAAAGAAAAAAAAAAACAUUUAAUAUCAGAUUUAAACAAAAAAAAAAAUCUAGCAAGAUCCUGAUUUAUCAAAAAGAAAAAAUUCUUGAUGAAAAAUCUAUUUAGAGAACAGUAAGAAAAAAAUAUUUAUGGUAAUAUAUUAAAUUAAUGGAAUAUAUUUAUGUUACUAAGUCGACUCACAUUUUAAUAGUAAUUAUAAAUUGAAGAAAAAAAUUAUUAUUGAUAUAUUGACUGUAAAUAUAUUAAGAGAGAAAAAACUCCAAUUUCAACGCGACACAAUACUUUUCUGGAUGUGGGUGGAAACAUGAAAAACACUGAAUUGUAAAUAUGAUUUUUUCUAAUAUAUUAAUCUUCGUAUAUUUCUAGUAUUUUUUCCUCUGUCCCCAUAUUUUCCUCACAAUUGAUUUUCUCUUUAUUAGCUAGACAAAAAUGAAAAACUUUUCUGUUAUUGAUGAUUUUUUUUCUAAAUAGAAUAAUCUCUCAAAGGAAAAAGAAGAAGAGAAGAAAAAGCAUAAAAUGUAAUAGAUCAUUAUAAUGAGAAUGUUGCUCGUGUUGCUUAUAUGAAAUAUUAAUUCUCUUAAAUGUUUCAGAGCACAUUUUUAAAGGUUUUACAAUUUUUUUAAAGGCCUCUCGUCCUUUAAAAAAAUUUGUAAAAUAUAUUUCUUUUAGGGAAAAGGUUUUGUAACAUUGCGGAGAAAAUCGUUUUUAAUUCUUAAACUUCUCAAGUUCUUUAAGAAGUUAUUUCUGAACUAGAAAAUUGAACAGAAACAGAAUUUCUCUAAAAGUUACAAAACCACCCCCCAAAAAAGAAGGUUAUUUAAGAAAAAGAAGAAAAUCAUAAGAAAUGAAAAAAGAUAUCUAAUCGAUAAACAGUAAAUAUCAAAAUAUAAGAAAUAAUUAAUGAAAAACUUAAUGUGGUUCGUCAUCAAUGAAAGAAAAUCGAUGUUUUUCCUUUGAAAUUUUUAUAUUUCUUUUUUAUACAACACCACACCUUAUAAAAAACAACAAAUUGUGACAACAAUGCCUUUUUAUUGCAAGAAGAAAUUUUUAAAAUAAAAACAAUACACACUUUAAUUAAAAAAUUUAUUAAAUAAGUAAAAAAAAGUGAAAACAAGAUGAAAUUUAUGAGUGUAAUAUUAAAAUAAUAUUUUUUUUCGUAUAUUAGCUGGGGCUGGAGGUGGAAAAAUUUUAUUAAAAGAAAAUAGUAAAAGCUACCAUAUAAAAUCAGCGUUAGAUGUUUAAAUAAAAAAUAAAGAUUUUUAAGUUUUUUUCAUUGUAAACUCUUUUAAUUACUUUGAGAGUUUUUUAAAAUAUAAAUUAAUAUUUCUCACCCCGUUUGCGGGGAUGUGCAGAAAUAUUUGCCCGAAUCUCAAUCCGUACUAUGAAAGAAAAAAAUGGAAAUAAGUAAAAGAAAAUAAUUUAAUUGUGGUUUAAAAAAAACUCUGCGUGGCCGUUGGAUCACGAUGGGCACAGUGAUUGUGCGUACGUGAAUCCAAAAGCAUCGAUGUUUUUUUCUAUAAAUGGAAAUUUUUGAAAUGAAAAAUAUGUAAGCUAAACAAAAAAAAGAAGUUCUAUAAUAAAUGGAAAAGAGAAAAAUUGUAAAGAAAAUUGGUUAAAAAAAACGUACGAAGCGACUCAAAAAAUCAUCUCUCAGAAAUAUUGAUGAUGAAUUAAGAAAAAAUUAAAUCAGCUAAUUGAAAUGUGACCAAGCGUAAAAAUUAUUACUUAUAUAAAAAAAAGUAUGUAGAGUAAUUAAGAAUGAAAAAAAAACAUAAGCUUAAUGAUUAAAGGCAUACUUAAGAACACUAUUAUUGUAAUUUGUGUGUUAUGGUGAUGAGAAAAACAUCAGAGAGAGAAAAUCUCAUUUUUUUCUUUUUAUUUUUAGAGAGAUAAAGCUGCGAAAAAGAAAAAAAAAUUGAUAAGAAUAUUUUCAAAAUAUUUAUUUUAUGCCCCAAAAUAUCUCUCUAUCUCUCGCAAAAAAAGUAAUUUUUACGAAAUGAAAAAUUAAUAAAGAAAAAAAAGAUUGGCUAACGUUCAAUUUGUCAUGAUGAAAAAGUUAAUUUGGAGGAGAAGAAGAAAAAAAUUGAGAUAGAAUUUUUGCAUGAUUUUUUCUUUUGCAAUCAUAAUAUAGGCUACAGAUCGAUGUAAAACAUUUUAUUUCUUUGAUUUAUUUUGUUGAGAUUAUAGUGGAGAAAUGGAAAAUUUUUGGCUUUUCCGCAAUCAAAUCAUUUUCAUGGAUGAGUGACGUGACGAGAAGAAUUAUGGUAAAAAAACGUGUAAUACCACAUUUUAUUUAAUAAAAUUUAUUAACAGUUGGCUUCUUAAAUAAAAA